UGCCCAAACAAAUGACUGUGUCUGGGGUCUUUAAUUUGUCUCCUUCAUCUCUCUCUUGCUUUGCUUCUUCUUCUUCUUCUCUUCAGCUCUCUUUCUACUCCCUUUUCUUUAUCUGCACUCUCCUUCUGUCUGUUUAUCAAUUCCUUUUCCAUCAACACAACUUUUUUUUAUAUUCACUCCACUCACCACUUCUCUUAAAAUAAACCAUAAACACAAAAGCAAGGGUUUUUUAAAACAUAGUUUGCUCUACUAUUUUUUACUAAUAUCAAUAUUUUUUUUCCUUUUUUUAUGAAUAAAAAUUGUAUAUCUCUCUCUUCGUUUGAUAUGUCCAUGGCUGGUUUGGAUUUAGGCACACCAUCAUCAUCACACUUCCUUCAAAACCUCCACAGAGAAGAUCACUUCAACCUUCAGCAGCAGCAACAGCAACAACCACAGGAAUCGGAGGAAGAACCCAACCACAACUCCGACCCGUUUUCAGCUGAAGAUGGACCACGCUCCGGCGACUUGGUUGGCCGUCGACCACGCGGCCGGCCACCGGGGUCGAAGAACAAGCAGAAGCCGCCGGUUAUCAUAACUCGGGAGAGCGCCAACACGCUCCGGGCACACAUCCUUGAAGUUGGGAACGGCUGCGACGUGUUUGACUGCGUCGCCACCUACGCGCGGCGGCGCCAGCGCGGGAUCUGUGUGCUCAGCGGCAGCGGCACCGUCACCAAUGUCAGCCUGAGGCAGCCGGCGUCUGCGGGAUCCGUUGUUUCCCUCCAUGGAAGGUUUGAGAUACUGUCACUCUCGGGAUCUUUUCUGCCGCCGCCGGCUCCGCCGGGGGCAACCAGCUUGACGAUUUACUUGGCCGGAGGGCAGGGGCAGGUAGUUGGUGGGAGUGUGGUGGGGGAGUUGACCGCGGCGGGUCCCGUGAUUGUGAUCGCGGCCUCGUUCACCAACGUGGCUUAUGAGCGGUUACCUUUGGAUGAGGAAGAAGAACAACAGCUUCAGAUGCAACAACCACCUACGCCUGGUGGUGGUGGCGGCGAUGUGGUGACCACCAACGCGUUUCCAGACCCGUCGUCGGGGCUUCCGUUUUUCAACUUGCCGCUGACGACGGCGAUGCAGAGUAAUGUUUCAUUGCCAGCUGUGGAUCAUGGUUGGGCGGGAAAUUCGGCGGCGGCACGUUCUUCAUUUUGAGGGUGUUUGUUUGUUUUGUUAAUCUAAUGUGGUUGAAUAUUGAUCCAUCGCUAGUUGAUGAUCAAACUAUGGUGAAUUGAGGUCAGCAAAUUCAUGCACUUCAUUUAUAUGAUGAUAUAAUUUAGGUCAUCUUCAUCUUGUUUUCUUGUUUCUGUUGCUCAUGGAUUGUAAGAUGUAGUAGUGAGUUUGAGUUGUACUUGUUCGACUUAAUUAAUUGGUGUACUCUCAUGGGUUUUGGUAUAUGAAUAUCGAUCUUUGGGAUUA